AUGUUUGAGAAGACGUUGACCGACUUAAUACGAGGGAUCCGUGCGCACAAAAAAGAUGAGCAAAAAUAUAUUGCAAGUUGCCUGCAGGAAAUACAUCAGGAGGUCAAAAGCAACGAUCCUGAUAUCAAAGCCAUGGCUAUUUCAAAGUUAACUUAUCUUCAAAUGCUCGGUUACGAUAUGUCUUGGGUGUCCUUCCAUGUCGUCGAAGUUAUGUCUUUCCCAAAGUUUUCGCAUAAACGUACCGGAUACUUGGCUGCUACACAAUCUUUUCGCCAGGACACUGACGUGUUAAUGCUUACUACAAAUUUACUCAAGAAGGAUCUUGCGUCUGGAAACCAUAUGGAAGUGGGAGUGGCUCUUAAUGGUCUCGCCGAUAUUGUAACACCCGACUUGGCGAGGGAUUUAUGUCAAGACCUUGUUGCAAUGCUUAACCAUUCUCGGCCGUACGUGCGAAAAAAAGUGGUGCUUGUCCUGUACAAAUUAUUUCUCAAAUUUCCGGAGGCUUUAAGACUAAGCUUUCCAAGGUUGAAAGAAAAGUUGGAUGAUCCCGAUCCCUCGGUUGUCUCGGCAGCUGUCAACGUCAUCUGUGAAUUGGCAAGAAAAAAUCCGAAGAAUUAUCUUUCACUAGCGCCACAACUUUUUAAUCUCCUGACAAACUCGUCAAAUAAUUGGAUGCUUAUAAAAAUAAUUAAACUGUUUGGCGCUUUGGCGCCACUAGAACCUCGCCUUGCGAAGAAACUAACUCCACAAAUAUUCCAUAUGAUUGAAAAUACACCGGCCAUGUCAUUGUUAUAUGAAUGUAUCUAUACUGCAAUCGCUGGAGGCAUGCUAAACUCGGACAGACAAUCGGACGCCCUAGCCGCUGUCUGCGUCAGUAAAUUAAGAACAUUCUUGGAGAGUGCUGAUCAGAAUUUGAAAUACGUUGGUCUCUUGGCACUUGCGAAGAUCCUUCCGACACAUCCAAAGCAUGUUGCAGAACAUCGAGAUAUAAUAUUAAAGUGCAUCGAUGAUUCCGAUAUUAGCAUACGAUUACGAUCACUAGAUUUAGUUGUUGGGAUGGUUAACAAGAAGAAUUUGGCGGACAUUGUAAAACGACUGAUGUCACAUCUUUUGCCUCCUUCAAAUACCAAGAAUUCUGCCACAAAUCAUCUCCUUCCAUCGACUCUGCUUGAACCAGCUUAUCGCGCGGACAUUAUACAUCGUAUUAUAUAUAUAUGCUCGCAGAAUGCAUAUGCCAAUGUGACUAAUUUUGAGUGGUAUGUCGCAGUACUAGUUGAUCUUACUUACGUUGCCGGCGUCAAAGUAGGAGAUCUUCUGACAAGUCAGCUUAUGGAUGUGUGCGUUCGUGUGAAGAGCGUUCGUAAUUAUUGUGUUAAAGCAAUGGUCAAGUUGUUAUCGGAUGUUACCUUGCUAGAGAAUUGUUCACUUCCUGAUUCCAACGCGGAAGUCUUGUAUGCAGCAGCAUGGCUGGCUGGGGAAUAUUGCAGUUACCAGAUUAAUCCGUCGGAUACGAUAGAAUAUCUUCUUCAGUCUGGUGUAACAAAACUUUCACAUCGUGUGCAAGCGGUUUAUGUUCACAAUAUUCUUAAAAUAUACGCUUAUUGGGCAAAAAGUCUUACUUAUAACUGGGAUGAGGAUGCAAAGGAUGAUUUACUUCGACUUACCACACUAAUUGACGAGAAAUUUGGAACGUUCUGUUCAUGCACAGAUUUGGAGGUGCAGGAACGGGCACAUAACGUACGGGCAAUUAUCUCGAUAGUGCGUGAACACUUGACGAGCAACGUUCCGGCCCAAACUGACGAAACCGAUGAUUAUGUUUUGUCGGAAAAAGCCCCUACUGUUAUCGAUGAAUUAUAUAAUUUGUUUUUUGCAUACGAACUCAACCCGGUAGCACCCAAAGCACAAAAGAAGGUUCCUAUACCUGCCGGGUUAGAUCUUGAUGCGUGGAUUAACGAACCACCGCCACAAUCGGAAAGCAGCAAUAGUGGCGAAGAAGAAAGUUAUGGUUUUGGUUAUCGGCAAAAAUUAGGUGGCAGUGGCGACUUGUUGUUUUCAAGUGGCAGUGGAACAGCGGUUGGGAGACGGCGUAGAAGAAAAAAUCGGCAGAAGGGUGAUCGUGACAAGGGAGAGAGUGAAGAAAUGAGGGUUCAGCGCCGAAGAGAGCGAAGAGAACGCAUGAAAAAUGACCCUUUUUAUAUAGAUGUUGGAGAAUACGAUAAUCCUACAAGGACAAAGCCUGAAAGUCCACCAAAGUCUGCUAAUAAUGAAAUUGAUGUUGAUUCUAUACCCGUGGUUCAUCUUACAAUGGAUGAUUUUGACUUCCGGCAGAAAAAAAAUAAAGGGAAGUCUAAAAGGUCAAAAGAAAACAGGAAAAAGGAAGUGUCUGCUCUCUCAUCACUACCUCCAGUAAUCUAUACAGAUAUCGGAGAGAUGCCAGAGAACGCAACAUUAUCAGAUGACGAUAAGGACUUAAAACCACUUGACCAGAAGGUCUCUUCCUGGAGAAAUCCAAAUGAUAAAGGCAUUUUGGACAUUGACUUUUCAGGAAUUUCCAACGUGGAUUUAUCAACUCCAUUGACGGAAAACGAGAAAUUUCCUCAGACAACUGUAUAUCUUAGCCCCGAAGAGCUAAGGAAAAGGGAGGAGGAAAAGAAUAAAUUGAGAUUGAAAGAACAAAGAAAUAAGAGCAUAAUUACAAGUGAUCAUCCCACAAAGGUUAAGGAUGACCAUGCGAAGUCAGAGUCUAAGAAAAGGAGAUCAAAAGUAAAAUCUAAAAAACCAUCAAAUGCAUCCGAGUCAUCGGCAGUAACGGCAAAGAAGAAAUCAAUGUCUGUAAAAAAAAUGACGAAAGGGGAAGCAGAUGCUGAAAACAAAGCUAAAUCUGUUUCUUCACCCACUUCUGGGACUGAUAAAGUGGAUGAGAAUAAAGGAAGCCAUGUAAACGAGCAAUCCGUGCAGCCGGUGAAGCAAAAUAUCUACACCCUCAUUUCUGGGGAUACUUUACACAUAACAUAUACCCUCAGUUUAACGUCUAAUGAAGAAUUAAGAAAUGAACCUCCAACGGUUGUUGCUUCAUUCCUUAUAGAGAACAAGGGAGUAUCUGACGAUCAUUUUUAUUCGGGGCUUGCUUUGAGAUUUGAGCCUUCAUCCGAUAUACAGUUUGAUAGCACUUUGCUCCAUGUAGAUGGAGUGUUAAAAGCUAGUGAACGAAGGGAAGUUGCAGUCAAGUUUAGAGUGUUAGGUAUUGUUGGUGCUAGAUUAACUGUGAAUGGACGCGUGACUUGGGAGAAUAAUUUGCAUACAGGCGGUUUCAGCGCUUCAGAUGGGUCGGGUGCAGAAAUACCUUUUGCAUUUGAGAUACCAGUUGCAACUUUUAUGCUCCAUAUACCUACCAUCACCCCAGCGCAGUUCACAGCAUUUCUAUACAAAUCAGAAAACUUUCCCUUCAGCGGAUCAACGUCGGUCAAUCUCACUGUUUCAUCUUCGUCCGUUGAGCAAGAGUUUGAUAACGCAAUUGCCCAAAUUACAGCAGUUGCUACCGGAACGCACGUUGUCGAGAAAGUUCCCGGUGCGGUUUCAAUUUAUGGAAGGAGUGUCCAAGGUUAUCAAAUAGCCGGAUUGACUAAACUUGGGGUAACGAAGGAAGAGGCUGAGGAUACUGAGGAAGUCAAAGCCGUUUUGAAAAUAGAAUUAAAGUGCACAGACCAAGCAUUCAUUGAUGGACUAGUUAGGGAAAUUGAGCGUUUAUUCGCAUUGCCAUCGUAG